UCGGCAAGAACGCGUGGUGAGGAGAUGAAGUUAAGAACGCGGCCGAUGUAUAUAAAGUCACCGGCAGGUCACGUGUUCAUUAGUAAAACUCCACCUAUAUAUUUUAAUUUUCUUCUUCCUUCUAUCUCGAUCUCUGCAAACCUUCUUCCUUCUUUCUCGUUCUCUGCAAACCUCAACACAAAGCUCUCUCUCUCUCUCUCUCUCUCUCUCAAAGAUCACUCAUUUUCUUACCACCAUGACUAGCAGAGAAAUUCUGCACAAGAUGAAGGUGAAGGCCGGAUUUUGUUCAUCGUCUGAGACAGGAAAAGGCAAAAGCAAAAUGUCAAAGCAUAUCACACAUGGUUAUCACUUGAUGAAGGGAAAAUCAAAUCAUGCCAUGGAAGAUUAUGUAUUUUCUGAUUUCAAGCAAGUAAAUAACAAUGAGUUGGGUUUAUUUGCAAUAUUUGAUGGCCAUUUGGGCCAUGAUGUUGCAAAUUACUUGCAAACCCAUUUGUUUGACAAUAUUUUGAAAGAGCAUGACUUCUGGACAGAUACAGAGAGUGCAAUAAGGAGAGCUUAUCAUACAACGGAUGUUGAAAUACUGGAAAAAGCAUUUGUCUUGGGUAAAGGAGGAUCAACUGCUGUUACAGCAAUCCUGAUCAAUGGUCAGAAGCUGGUAGUAGCAAAUGUGGGAGAUUCUCGGGCUGUCAUAUCCAAGAAUGGCGUGGCCAAACAACUAUCUGUCGAUCAUGAACCAAGCAAAGAAAAGAAUACGAUAGAGAGUCGUGGUGGUUUUGUGUCAAACCUUCCUGGGGAUGUUCCACGUGUUGAUGGACAGCUAGCCGUUGCAAGGGCAUUUGGUGAUAAGAGCUUGAAGAUACACCUUAGUUCAGAACCUGAUGUGGCUGAAGAGACAAUCGAUGAUGACACAGAGUUCAUCAUUCUGGCAAGUGAUGGGAUAUGGAAGGUGAUGUCAAACCAAGAAGCAGUGGAUACUAUAAAAGACAUCAAAGAUGCUCAUUCAGCUGCAAAGCGCUUGAUAGACGAGGCAGUUUCUAGAAAAAGUAAGGAUGACAUAUCUUGCAUAGUUGUAAGAUUUCAGUGAUAAUAUCUAUGAACAAUUGAAGUUUGUUUUCCUUUAACUUGUGAAAAAUCAACAAUAAUAUGUUUAUACAUAACUUUGUUUCCUUUUUAGGUGAUAUCAAUUUGUUUCCUUUUUAGUUGUAGAGAUUAUCAGAACUUGCAACAUUUUGUUGCAUGUACAAUAGAGCAAAUAAAAAAUGCAUGUUUUGCUUGAAA